GCCACCGUAAUGUCCCUCGUUACCAUCAACUCGACCACCAUCCCGGUGAGUACAGUUGUAUGAAGUGCUUCUGUUGCUGCUAUUGCGUCUUCUUCUUCCUCCUCUUCCUCUUUUAUGCCACCCUCGGUUCUCUCGUCUUCUUCUUGAACCCUCAACUUCCUAUCUACAUGGUUGAUUAUGUCAACGUCAAGAAAUUCGAUAUCCCCAACGGGACUAAGUGGACAAAUCUCGAGUUUCCAACAACCUCCAAAGAACAUCUCCAUAAUGAAUGUGAGGCUGAAAGGUCAGAGUACUAUUGACUCCCAGACUCAACAAGACUUGAUGCAUGAUCAGAAGGAAAAGAAGAUUCCUUUGGAUGUCAAAGUGAACGUUCCCUUGACGAUCGUGAUCCACAGCACACGUUUGAAGGAAAUCUCAAUUGUUGUCAAAUUCAAAUUGACCGUGGACAAUUUGCAUCCAGCUAUAAAGAGAGGUUACGAUGAUUGGAACAGAAGUAGCCGUAUCUAAUAAACGCUGAGACGAUGGGAAUCCUAAAAUGGCAGACUCAUGCAGAGAAAUGAGG